AAACCAAGCUAGAAUAACUCGAGCGGAAGGGCGCAGGCAAGAGAGGCAACCACCGCUUCCGCAGCAAACCCUUCCCGAUUGUUGGAGAGCACGCCGAGAUCUGCCCCCCAUGGCUUCCGCGCCGACGCAGCCGCCCCUCCUCCCGGUCACCAACCCCACGGCCGCGGGCUCGGCGCCCGCCGCCACAGGCGGCGGCGGCGGCCUGGACGCGCCGAUGGCCACGCCGGCGUUCCGGCUCUUCAUGAGCCGGAUCUCCGAGUCGGCGCGCCGCUCGCUGUCCGACCGGCGCCCGUGGGCCGAGAUGGUCGACCGCUCGGCCUUCUCGCGGCCGGACUCCCUCUCCGACGCCACCUCCCGCCUGCGCCGCAACCUCACCUACUUCCGCGUCAACUACACCGCCGUCGUCGCCUUCGCGCUCGCCGCCUCGCUCCUGGCCCACCCCUUCUCGCUCCUCAUCCUCCUGGGGGUCCUCGCCGCCUGGUGCUUCCUCUACAUCUUCCGCGCCUCCGACCAGCCCGUCGCGCUCUUCGGCCGCACCUUCUCCGACCGCGAGACGCUGCUGGGGCUCGUCGUCGCCUCCAUCGUCGCCUUCUUCUUCACGCCCGUCGCGUCGCUCAUCAUCUCCGGGAUGCUCGUCGGCGGCGCCAUCGUCGCCGCCCACGGCGCCUUCCGCAUGCCCGAGGACCUCUUCCUGGACGACGCCGACGCAGCGAGCGGCAACAGCGCGGCCCAGGGGCUGCUGUCCUUCCUCGGGGCACCCGGAUCUAGGGUUUGAGGCGCCGGGCGACGAGAUCUGAGUAAAAAGGACCGGAGGGAGUACGAACUAAGAAUGCGACACAGUGCCUGGUUUUACAUGCUGGGUAGUGAGUUUCUAUGUUGCAACUUGCAAAUCUUGGAGCAGUUUUUUUUGCCAUCCCUACUUAGGCUCAGGAAGGGUUUAUUUCUAAUACAAAUGCCAAAUAUGGUUUUAUUGUGAAAA